AUGGGGAGCAUGACUUGGGCCCCACCCACGGUGAGGAUUAUCCAUUCGGGCCUCGCCUGUAACAUUGAGGAGGAGCGGUAUUCGGAAAGAGUGUACACCAUUCGUGAAGGGGAGACCCUGGAGCUGAUGUGUUUGGUUACAGGCCAUCCCCGGCCACAGAUCAGGUGGACAAAAACAGCAGGAAGUGCCUCUGACCGGUUUCAAGAUUCAAGUGUUUUUAAUGAGACCCUGAGGAUCACAAACAUACAGCGACAUCAAGGAGGGCGCUACUAUUGCAAAGCUGAAAACGGCUUGGGCUCACCAGCAAUCAAGUCAAUAAGGGUAGACGUAUACUAUUUGGAUGAUCCAAUUGUGACAGUUCACCAGAGCAUUGGUGAAGCAAAAGAACAGUUUUACUACGAGAGAACUGUGUUUCUUAGGUGUGUAGCCAAUUCCAACCCACCUGUUCGGUACAGUUGGAGGCGAGGGCAAGAGGUGCUAUUACAAGGAUCCGACAAAGGUGUUGAAAUUUAUGAGCCCUUCUUUACGCAGGGUGAAACCAAGAUUCUGAAGUUGAAGAAUCUUCGACCUCAGGACUACGCCAACUACAGCUGCAUUGCAUCAGUCAGGAACGUCUGCAAUAUUUCUGACAAAAUGAUAUCAUUCCGCCUUUCCAACAAAACAGCCUCUCCUUCAAUCAAACUAUUGGUGGAUGAUCCCAUUGUGGUGAACCCUGGAGAAGCCAUCACUUUGGUUUGUGUCACAACAGGUGGUGAGCCACUCCCAACCCUAACCUGGGUAAGAUCUGUGGGUACCUUACCUGAGAAGAUAAUACUGAAAGGUGGGACGUUGACCAUCCCUGCUAUUAAUUCUGAUGAUGCUGGCACUUAUAGCUGCAUUGCCAACAACAACGUGGGGAAUCCAGCAAAGAAGUCCACCAACAUCAUUGUCCGAGCCUUGAAGAAAGGACGGUUCUGGAUCACACCUGACCCAUAUCAUAAAGACGACAACAUUCAGAUUGGAAGAGAGGUCAAGAUUUCUUGUCAAGUGGAAGCGAUUCCCUCUGAAGAGCUCAUGUUCAGUUGGUUUAAAAAUGGUCGACCACUGCGCAGCUCUGAAAGGAUGGUGAUUACUCAAACAGAUCCUGAUGUCUCUCCUGGAACCACCAAUUUGGACAUCAUUGAUUUGAAAUUUACGGAUUUUGGGACAUACACAUGUGUUGCAGCUCUGAAAGGUGGUGGUAUCUCAGAUAUCAGCAUCGAUGUCAACAUUUCCAGCAGCACAGUUCCACCCAACCUGACUGUUCCACAAGAAAAGUCACCCUUGGUCACCAGAGAAGGAGAUACCAUUGAACUGCAGUGCCAGGUGACCGGGAAACCCAAGCCUAUCAUCCUCUGGUCCAGGGCAGACAAGGAAGUUCCCAUGCCAGAUGGGACAAUGCAGAUGGAGAGCUAUGAUGGCAUCCUGCGGAUUGUCAAUGUCUCAAGGGAGAUGACAGGGACCUACAGGUGUCAAACCAGUCAAUACAAUGGAUUUAAUGUCAAGCCAAGGGAAGCAUUGGUACAGCUGAUCGUACAGUACCCACCUGCUGUUGAACCAACAUUCCUUGAGAUUCGACAAGGCCAAGGCCGAAGUGUGACCAUGAGCUGCCGGGUGCUGAGGGCUUAUCCAACUCGGGUUUUGACCUUUGAGUGGCGAUUGGGCAGCAAGCUUCUUCGGACAGGAAGAUUUGAUGCUCAAGACUCCACAGAGUAUAUAAUCAGGAGCCUAUCAAGGGACAGUUAUGGAAAUUACAGUUGCAACAUCAUCAACGAGGCAGGGGCUGGCCGCUGCAGUUUUCUUGUGUCAGGCAAAGCAUAUGCUCCAGAAUUCUACUAUGACACCUACAAUCCAUUGUGGCAGAACAGAGCCCGUGUGUAUGCCUACAGCCUAGAAUGGACCCAGAUGAAUCCUGAUGCUGUGGACCGCAUCCUCACCUAUCAUCUGGGGAUCCGGCAGGCUGGACAGCAACGCUGGUGGGAACAGGAAAUUACUGUGAAUGGGAAGAUCCAGAAAGGAGAAUUAAUAACCUACAACUUGACAGAACUCAUCAAGCCUGAGGCUUAUGAAGUUCGCCUGACACCAGUCACUAUUUUUGGAGAUGGAGAUGCAACCAUUCGUGUAAUCAAGUACAGUGCUCCAAUGAACCCACAUUUACGAGAAUUCCACUGUGGCUUUGAAGAUGGCAACAUUUGUUUAUUCACCCAAGAUGAAAAGGACAGCUUUGAUUGGACAAGACAAAACAUUGUCCUUCGAGACACAAAAUACACCCCAAACACUGGACCUAAUGCUGACCGGUCAGGUUCCAAGGAAGGAUUUUUCAUGUACAUUGAAGCAUCCAGUCCGAGAAAAGAAGGUGAUAGAGCAAGGCUCAUUAGCCCAGUUUUUAGCAUCCCUCCCAAAAACCCAUAUGGAACCACCAAUACCGCAUAUUGCUUCAGUUUUUAUUACAACAUGUAUGGUCAACACAUAGGCACAUUAAAUGUUUAUUUGCGGUUAAAAAGUCCGACGUCAUCAGAAAGUCCAUUCUGGUCUACAACUGGGAACAAAGGACAACAUUGGUUUCAAGCCCGUGUAAAUAUACAUCCAAAUUCAUCAUUUCAGAUUGUUUUUGAAGGCAUCCGUGGCCGAGGCAUUGAAGGAGACAUUGCUAUUGAUGAUAUCUCAAUUGUGGAAGGAGAAUGCACAAAAUCGGAUUAUGUAAAUAACCAUAUACCUUCAGAAGCAAUCAGGCCACUGCCCCAUAUACGGAGUUUCCCCAUUUUUCUUCUUGUGUCUGUCUUAAUUCAUCAGAGGUGACCUUAU